UGAGGCGUUUGGCCUGGGGAAAAUCUGCCACCAUGUGGACGGUUCUGAGGAAUUUAGAUGGAAACGCUGUAGGCCUGGCCUUGCUUCUAGGCCUGAUCAUUUUAGUUCUGUAUGAAAUCUUACGGAUUAAUUUCUCCAGAGCCCAAACUCCACCCGGGCCCACACCCCUGCCUUUCAUGGGAACCUUACCACAUGUUUGGAAGAACGCAGUGGAGUUAAAACUGAUGCCAAAGUAUGGAGAGCUGACCACAGUGCACAUCGGAAGGAAGCCAGCAAUCAUUUUGAAUACAGUCCAGAUCACCAAGGAAGCCCUGGUCCAAAAUGCUGCAUCUUUUUCUGGAAGACCAACACUGCCGGUUCUACAUUGGGUAACUGAUGGAUAUGGUAUAUUUAUGGCACAGUUUGGUCACUCCUGGAGACAGCAGAGAAGAUUUGCUCUCCACACGCUCAAGAAUUUCGGCCUGGGGAAGAGAACUAUGGAGGAGCGUGUGUUAGAAGAAGGACAAUGCCUGAUUGCUGAAAUGUGCAAAGCAAAAGGAACUGCAUUUGACCCCCAACAUGUCAUACAGAAUGCAGUUUCUAACAUAAUCUGUUCCAUCGUUUUUGGAGAUCGCUUUGAUUACGAUGACAAACGCUUUGCAUACCUUCUAAAAAUCCUCAACGAAACUUUCAUUCUGAUUGGGUCACUCAUUGGACAGAUGUUUAACUUGCUUCCCUUCAUCAAGCACUUCCCUGGGCCGCACCAGAAAAUAUACCAGAAUGUUGAAGAGUUCAAAAGUUUUAUCAGGGAAGCUGUUGAAGAACACAGAAAAACUUUAGACCCAGACAACCCACGGGACUUUAUCGACGCCUACCUGCUGGAGAUGGAGAAACACCAAAAGUCGAAUGAGGAGUCCACGUUUCAUGAGAUGAAUUUGGUUAUGACAGUGAAUGAUCUGUUCUUUGCUGGAACCGACACCACGGCGACCACAAUCAGAUGGGCUCUUAUCUAUCUGACUCAAAACCCUGAUGUACAAGAGCGAUGUCACGAGGAGAUUGUUCAGGUGUUGGGUUAUGAUCGUCUGCCCAGUAUGGAUGACCGUGACAAACUUCCAUACACACACGCCACUGUUCAUGAGAUUCAGCGCUGUGCUAACAUUACACCGCUUGGUGGAGUUCACGAAACCACUCAGCCCUCAAAACUACGAGGAUACGACAUUCCCAAGGGAACUCGGAUAAUGGCAAACUUGGCAGCAAUUUUAAGUGAUAAAGAUCACUGGAAACAUCCAGACACUUUUAAUCCAGAGAAUUUCUUAGAUGAUAACAGAUAUUUCUGCAAACCAGAGUCUUUUUUGCCUUUCUCCUUGGGUCCAAGAGUUUGUCCUGGUGAGACCCUAGCAAAGACCGAACUCUUCCUCUUUAUCACUUGCCUUCUGCAACAGCUUCAUUUCUUAUGGCCACCAGGUGCACAGAGCCAACAAAUGGAUGUGUUUUUAAGUAUGAUUCGCUCACCGCAGCCGUUCAGCAUCAUCUGCCAUCGCAGAGGUGCCAAUGAGUGAGCAACUAUAAUUAUUAAAAAAACAUCUUAAAGGCUCCUGAAGUUCUCCUAGAUAGAUCACAUAAGAGAUUUGAGUAAUGUUGUCAUACACUGAUGGUGAAGUUGCAAAAUGUCUUUUUAGACAUCUAGUUGUUAAGCUAUACCAUUGAGCUAUACAAGAUCUUGAAGUGCAAGAUACAUCAGCUCUUUGUUGAACUGUACAUUUUAUUAAUGAUGUAAUUUCUGCUUGUUGUACUUCAAACAAUCCUUUACAGGUCUGAAAGUGAUGCU